AUGUGGAUCGUGCGGGGGUCAAGUGUUUUUGCAUCAUGCAGACAAGUGUAUGCUUCUCAAAGGCCAGGUUAUCGGUUCUUUGCUACUCGGUCUUACGAGCCUCUCCGGAUUCUAUUCUGUGGCUCCGAUGAAUUUAGUAUUGCGUCCUUGAAAGCUCUCCAUGCCUACCAUCUGAAGCAGCCAAGUCGAAUUGCCUCCAUAGAUGUUGUUUGUCGGCCAGGCAAGCGAGUUGGUAGAGGCCUUAAAAAGAUCCGAGAAGUUCCUAUCAAGGAGGUAGCAUCGGCUCUCUCGCUACCUAUUCAUGAAAUUGAUACUUUCACAGGAUGGACGCCUCCGGUCACUUCGAAUGGUCCUGUCAACUUGAUUAUUGCUGUUUCCUUUGGGCUCUUCGUCCCUCCACGCAUCCUGAAUUCCGCCACCUAUGGAGGUCUGAACGUGCAUCCUUCAUUGCUUCCAGACUUCCGUGGCCCAGCGCCGUUACACCAUACUCUUCUGGCUGGCCGAACUACCACCGGCGUGACUUUGCAGACAUUACAUCACAAGAGCUUUGACCACGGGACAAUUAUUUCUCAAACCCCAUCCCCCGGGUUCGAAAUUCCUAGCUCGGGUUCUUGCACUGUUCCCCAAUUGGUGGAUCUCGUUGCACCCAAGGGAGCUGAAAUACUAGUAAAUGGCAUUGAUAAGGGUUUGUUUGUACCGCCAGUUGAGGACGCCGGAUGGCGUGCUGCCGAAGGUGAUGAGAUCAUCCACGCCGGCAAGAUCAAGCCGGAAGACCGGCACAUUGACUGGGCGAACUGGUCACUGCUCGACAUCAAUCGGCGCAACACGGUUCUCGAGUCUCUAUGGAGCAAAGCACUUGUUCCAGCGAAUAACGCAGAUGGAUCUGAAUCUUUCAACUAUAAGCGUGUGAUCUUGACAGAGAUUGAAGAAGUGGAACCACCCAAAGGCAGCGAUUCUUUUUCGGUCGUUCCAGGGCUGCCAUUUGCAGAUGCCGCCCAUCCCGUUGCACCGAAGAAGGGCAGAGCCCUGUAUGUCUUCACUAAGGACGGCAAGGCCCUACGCAUCAACAAGAUGAAAGUAGAGGGAGAGCCGUCAGCCGAUGGACUUCGUGCUGCGAUCAAAGCUCGGAUGUUUGGUGAUCAGUCCUUCCAGUCGGGGGGUGUGGACUUUACUCCUUUCCGCAAUCCUCUUUCAUGA